CCCUAUUGGUCACGUUUUUAUGAGCUCUAUUCGAGUUGUUUGUUUCCGGGUCACAAACAUGGCACGUUUUUGAGAAGAACAUGUGAGUCUGUGGAAUCAGGAUUUAUAGAAAACGAUCGGAUUUUAGAUUCUGUAGACAUUUUUGUGUUGAAGCACCAUGGCAUCUGCUGAAGAGGAUUUCCCUCGUGGUGGCCCAGCCAAGAAAUCCUCUGAGCCCAAAACCUCUAAAACUACAAAGCCUCAUGUGGAAGUGGACAACCUUUUUGAGACUCGAGAACCCGAAGUGAAAAAGAAGAAGAAAGCUCAGGGUAAGCAUGAGGACGAAAAGCUGACCAAAAGGCCGAAAACCGAAGGCGGCCUGAAACUUAACACGACAACCAGCAUCAAUAUUCUCCACAUGAAGGAUCUGAAGGUUGGCACGGUGAUGCUCGGCUGCGUGAGGGAGCUCUCCAUCUUUGAGGUCGUACUCGGUCUCCCGAAUGGUCUUAAAGGCUACGUGCCCAUCUCUAACUUAAGCGAUGUCUACACAAAGAUCCUGAGCAGCGUGCUGGACUCUGGGGCCGAGCUUGAGGAGUUUGUGUCUCCCUCCAACGUCCUCACCCCGGGCCAGCUGGUCAGGUGUGUAGUGACGUCUCUGGACUUGUCCAAAGCGGGCCACGUCAGUCUCAAACUGUCCAUCAACCCGAAAGACGUGAACAAGGAGCUCAACUCCGGUUCCCUAAAAGCAGGCAUGACUCUCAGUGGUUGUGUGGAGAGCGUGGAGGAUCACGGUUACCUGAUCGACAUCGGCGUGAGCGGAACCAAAGCCUUUCUGCCCAAAGAGAAAACAAAGGACGAAGCCGAGACAUCGAAAAGAGAUCUGAAGGUGGGACAGUACGUGACGGCGAUGCUGGAGGAGGUGAAGAAUGAGGGACGGGUAGCGCGUCUUUCUGUGAACCCUACGGCUGUUAAUCAGACCUGCGCGGAGACGCAUCAUGGCUGGACGUUGAGUAACCUCUUACCCGGGCUGCUGGUCCAAGCCUGCGUCAAGAAGGUGACGGCUCACGGCCUGAUGGUAUCGUUUCUCUCCUCUUUUACCGGCCUGGUGGACUUCAUGCACGUGGACCCAGACAAACUGUCCACUUACAGUGUAGGGGACGAGGUGAGAGCUCGUAUCCUGUACGUGGACCCGUCCUCUCGUCUGGUGGGUCUGUCUCUUCGCAGCCACCUCCUGCCACCAGGGGGCGUCAUGUUGGACCACAUAACGAGUGAGCGAAUUGGAGAGGUGGUGAAGGGCUGCAAGAUGGCUUCUGUACACCACCACUCCGGGGCCGUGAUGGAGCUGCCGGACGGAGCGUCCGCCUUCGUGCACAAAAGCCAUUUGGAUGAACCCAAGGCGGAGUUUAACCCGAACCGACUCCUCGCGCAGCCUGAACACACGCUGAGAAUAACGGACUACUGCGCGGUGGAGCAGAUCCACAUGGCCACGCUGCGCAAGACGAUCAUCGAAGCGCCCUUCUUCAGCUAUCGAGACAUUAAACCAGGGCAGACCAUCGAGGGCACGGUGCAGAGUCUGGAGCGCUACGGCAUGCACGUCAAAAUCUCAGAACACAUUAAAGGCCUUGUUCCCAGAAUUCACCUGGCAGACAUCCUCCUCACCAACCCUGAAAAGAAGUACAAGGAAGACAUGAAGGUCAAAUGUAAAGUUUUAUCAGUGGACUACCAAAAUAAGAAGAUUAUUCUGACCAGGAAAAAGGCGCUGAUGGACACCACGCUUCCCGCGUUCCUGUCAUACAAGGACGCCCGUGUGGGUCUCGUCUCCCACGGCUUCAUCGUCUGCAUCAGGGAUUUCGGCUGCAUCGUGAGAUUCUACGGUGACGUCAAGGGCCUGGUUCCGACGUCCGAGCUGACCUCCGAGCCCACAGACAACCUGAAGGGCCUUUUUUACAUUGGACAGGUGGUCAAAGCCAAAGUGCUGAUGUGCGAUGCCGAAAAGGACAAACUGCUCCUGUCUUUUAAAAAAGUGACUCAGAGUGACAUCGAGAAGGUCCCAAGGGUCAAGUUCGACUUUGAAGUUGGAAAGAAAGUGAAAGCGAUUGUACGCAAGAAACACCAGACUGGCUUAGAAGUGUCUAUUCUCCCAGAAGAAAUGCCUGCUCUACUUCCCACAGUGCACCUCUCUGACCAUGUGACCAACUGCCCCCUGCUGUGGGCGGGACUCCAGGAAGGAGACACCAUCUCGGACGCUGUGUGUCUAAGCAGAAACAAAGAGAGCAUCAUUCUGAGUAAGAAGCCCUCGCUGAUCGCGGCUUUGGAGACGGAAAGCUUGGUUUCGUCUUUCUCCGAGCUGCAGGUCGGGAUGGUGAUGGUGGGCUGGGUGAAGAGCAUCAUGCCCUAUGGCGUCUUCGUCGACUUCCCUUACGGCCUGUUCGGCCUCGCGCCCAAAGCUGCGAUGAGCGAUAAGUUCAUCACCGACACCGCAGGAGUGUUUGAGAUCGGGCAGACAGUGCUGGCCAAGGUGACCAACUUGGAUCAGGAGAAGCGCAGGUUCUUGAUCAGCCUAAAGGUAUCAGAGGUGAGCUGGGCAGAGAGUGACGCCCAGGCCAGACUGAUCCAGGGUCAGCGAGAAAGACUAACCGUCUACGACACAAUCACCACGAGAGGUGUCUCGGACGUGCUGGAGCAGCUCUACUCCGUGUCACUCGGGGAUAAACUGAAGAUGACCAUCGACGUGACCAGAGAGGACGGUUCGGUCACGUUGACCUCAGAUCAGCUCAGAGACGUCACGGUGCUGGCCACCCAGCACCACGUGACAGAUGUGAACACAACUGCAGGAAAUCAGGUCACUGCUGUGGUGCUUCACAUUGACGUUUUGACCUCUGAGGUGCACGUGUCCCUCCUGCCGAGUCUCACGACCAAGAAGAAAAAGUUAAAGAAAGACUCCCAGCACACAGCAACAGUCCAGUACAUGGACAAAGACUUUGCCGUCAUCUCAUUGGGCGACACCGGUCACCUGACCGUGAUUUCCACCACCGUCCACCCGAACGAAACGCUCCGGUUCGAAUCGGAGAAGCUGUCCGUGGGUCGUGAUCUGACCGUGACCGUGAUUGAGCCGAGCAGCGAACACCUGGGGGGACGAGCUCUCGUAGAUCAUCAGCUCGCGCCGAAAAAAUACACACACAGCAAGUCUCAGAUCAGAGGGGAAGAACACAAGUAUAAGAUUGGGGACUUUAUAACAGCCACGGUUAAAAAGUGCAAACCUCUGUGUGUACACCUGACGUUGCCGAAUGGUGUCAUGGGAAGCGUGCACGUGUCUCAGGUGGACGAUUCGCCCAAAGUGGGAGGAUUCCCCACAGCGUCCCUGAAGGUCGGCACUGAGGUUAGAGGAAGGCUCAUCGGGGCUCAGGAAAUCCACAGCCACAAGUUUCUCCCCAUCUCGCAUCCUAACUUUGUCUUCUCUCGGCUGGAGAUCACGCUCCUCCCCAGCAAACUGAAUAAAGACGUGACUGUCGCCUUACUGGAGAGCAAGCCGAAACUGGAGUGCUUUAACCCCGGACAGGAGAUCAUGUGCUAUGUGUCUCGAUACAUUCCAUCGACAAAGUGCCUGGAGGUUGCGGUGUCUCCAAACCUCUUUGGAUCUGUGGAGCUGCUGGCGAUGAUCACUAAACCCAGAGAGGCAAAGAAUCCUCAAAAGCUCUUCCAGCCCGGCCAGUGUGUCUCUGCUAAGGUCGUCCGGGUCGUCCCCAAGAAGCAUUACCAACUGAAACUUUCCCUUACAGGGACGCACGCUCUGGAGAAGGGGGUCGUUACCAUGGGCAUGGUGAGGAAAAUCAUCCCUGAGGUCGGCUUGAUUCUGAACCUGCCGUUCGGGAAAUCCGGCAUGGCGUGCGUAACUGAUUUAACGGACGCCUACGUGGACGCACCGUUCGACCAGUACAAAGAAGACCAAGUGGUCAGGUGCUGUGUUAUUGGUGAAGAAGACGGAAAGUUCCAAGUAUCUCUGCGCCCCUCCAGUAUCCGAUCUGGAAAGUCGUCGAAAGUCAAAGACGUGGACGUGGGCUCCGUCUCGGACCUCCAGGAGGGUCAGAUCAUCCGGGGUUACGUGAAGAACGUCGGCGAGAAGGGCAUAUUUGUGAGGUUAUCCAGAUCAGUCACGGGACGGGUCCUGUUCCAACACGCCACAAACUACUUCGCAGGCGACUCGGACUUGUUCAGCCAACACGUCACCCAGAAUGCACUGCUGACAGCCAAAGUUCUCCACAUUGACGCACAGACGGGCCACGUGGACCUGUCCUUGCUCCCGGAGGACACCGGAGGAGCAGACAUUCUCCCAGAAUCCCUCGGGCUUCCGCUGCGCCUCAGGGGGAAGGAAAAGGAGAAGUACGACAAGAAGAAUGCCACAAGAAAGCGCAAGAUGUCCGAGAGCAAACAGGAUGAAACCGGACAACAGAAGAAACUCAAGAAAGAAGAAAAGGAUGCAGAGAUGAAGAAGAAGAAAAAGAAGGAGUCGAAGAGCUCGCAAGCUGAAGAUCAGGACAGCGGAGUCGAGGUGUAUUUCCGAGAAAAAGACAAGGAUAAGGCGAAGAAAAGGGCUAAAAGAGAGACUGCAGCCUCAGCCGAGCCCGGCAGGCUACAGCUAGCGUCUGAUUUCUCCUGGGACGUAGAGCUGAGCUCACUCAAACCUGCGGUUUCUGCCCAAACUGGCUACGAGUCCAGCGAUGACGAGCAACCACACCAUGAUCUUAAUAUGGCAUCAAAGAAGUCCCGACGGGAGGCGGAGAGAGAACGUAAGGAGGCGGAGCUCAAGCUCAGCAAGCUGGAGGCGGAGCUCAUGGAGGCGUCGUCCCGUCCGGAGAGCGCCGAGGCGUUCGAGCGUCUGCUGCUCUCGUCUCCAGACUCGUCUCUGCUCUGGCUGCAGUACAUGGCCUUCCAGCUGCAGGCCACACAGAUCGAGCAGGCUCGCACCAUAGCCGAGAGAGCGCUCAAAACCAUCUCCUUUAGGGAGGAGCAGGAGAAGCUGAACGUCUGGGUGGCUCUGCUCAACCUGGAGAACAUGUACGGUACCGAAGAGAGCCUUCAGAAAGUGUUCGAGCGAGCCGUUCAGUACUGCGAGCCCAUGCCUGUCUACCAGCAGCUGGCGGAUAUUUACGCCAAGUCCAACAAGAUCAAAGAAGCAGAGAGCUUGUAUAAGAACAUGUUAAAGCGCUUCAGGCAGGAGAAGGCCGUGUGGCAAAGUUACGGGUCCUUCUUACUGCGUCAGGGACAGAGCGACGCUGCCAACGCUCUCCUCCAGAGGGCGCUCCAGAGUCUGUCCAACAAAGAGCAUGUGGACUUGAUAGUCAGAUUCGCUCGGAUGGAGUUCCAGUACGGGAACGAAGAGCGAGCCAAGGCCAUGUUCGAAAAGGUCCUGAGCAGCUACCCAAAGCGCACUGACCUGUGGUCCGUCUUUAUCGACCUGAUGAUGAAGCACGGCUCGCAAAAAGAUGUCAGGGCUCUCUUCGAUCGCGUGGUCCACCUGAGCGUCUCGAUGAAAAAGAUCAAGUUCUUCUUCAAGCGCUACCUGGACUACGAGAAGAAGCACGGCACGCCAGAGAGCAUCCAAGCAGUCAAGCAAAAAGCUGUGGAGUAUGUGGAGUCUAAAGGGACCGGCGCUGCUGAUUAAUCACAGAACACCAUUAGAUAUGCGGACAGUAAUCCUGUUGGUUUGGGUUCGGAAGGACGGAAUUCAUCUUCAUUAUGCCAUUAUCUCCGGUUCCUGGUAAAACUGCAUCAGUCUUGCUAGUCUGGAUUCUUCCGUGGAAUCUAAUUGACGAACUUAAUGGGAUUGAUGUACGUCAGCCUUUCGGCCAGCAGAAAACCGACGCGGAUGAUUAAGAUGCUGAUCAAUAAUUGUUUUUUUUUAUAUAUAUAUAGAUGGAACAGGAAAAUAAAAAAAAGGAUUGGAGGUUGUAGAGGAAAAAUAAAAAAAGUUUGUACUUGUA